CAGUUUUAAAGGUCUGGUCAUUAUUUCCUUGGACGCCAAACCUUCAAGGGGAAAAUAUGCUGCGUACGUUCACUGUAAUCAUUCUUAUUGGAGCUUCGUUUGCUAGAACUUUGCCAACAGCAAAGGAUGGUUCUAAAAAUGUGGAGAAAGGCAAACAGUUGGUUGUAAGUUUGCCCUAUUGGUUUGGAAACUCAAAACCAGUGAGAAUCCCCAAUGCAAGCGUACAGAAGCACCAAGUAAGUCGUUCUAUUGUUGAGGGGGCAGAAAGAAAGGGAAAAACACUGAAUCCUGAAACGGAUGACCAAACUGAUGGGCAUUUUGUGCAGAUAAAGAUGUUCUUCGGCAAUCGCCUAUUGCCGAUCUAUGGGUUGGUCACGAGCGAAGUUUCUGGCCCAAUUGCAGACAAAGAAAAUAACAACCAAGAUUCACCACGUGAAGGAGUGCUCGAAAAGGAGCAACAGCAGAAGGUUGACGUUAAAGCUGAAGAUCGUCUUCAUAUGGCUGUAAAAAAAGAUGAAAAUCCUAAACAAGCUGUUGAACUCCCUGAUGCUGAGAAUGGUAACAAGGGCGUAUCAAAUGAAGGAGCACUUAACGCGAAGCAACAGCAAAAGGAAGAAGACGAAGCUAACGUCUCACUACUUACAGUCGUGAGCAAGGAAGAUGAAAAUUCGGAAAAUUCCAAGAACUCUGUUCUUAAGAAAAAGGAAGGAGAGAUUGUCCCUUCUGCAAAUCCUGGAAAUGAGGAAACUAGAAAUUCUCUUUUGCUCGCUGAUCCUGAGAAGAAAAAAGAAGAGCCAUCGGUGGUUGUAAAAGACAAUGAAGAGAAAAAGUCUGAACCGAUCCCAAGUGCUGAAGAGAAGAAAGAAAUGAUUUCUCCUCUUGCUGAUGCCGUGGAACAGGAUACGCCUCUGUCGCAAGAAACAGGAGAAAAAGAAACGGACCCUGAAAAUGAAAAUGAGCAAACUAAAGUUAAAGAAGAAACCUCCAUUAAUAUAAUCACUGAAGCAACACUCGAAGAAAUUCCAGAAGGCACACCUGAUAAACAGGACAAGGAAGAAGCUGAAACAAAUGUCACAUUUUGGCAAAGUAUUGGCAACUUUUUCAGUAAAAUAGCAAAUUUGUUCAGAAGUUCUACAUCUUCUAUUGAACAACCUAGAGGUAUCACUACUGAAGCCAGUAAAAAUUCUGUCAUCACAGAAGUGAAUGAUGAGAAAUUUAGUGAUGUCAAGGCGGAGAGCAGUGAAAAUUAGAAAAAAUAGCAAUAUAGGCAUGAUUGAGUGACAAAGCAAUUUGGUUAUUUUUUAUAUUUUCACUUUAAUUCCAUCUAAUGAAAUCUUUGUGAUUUUUCCGACUUUAUCAAAUAUUUCGCACAUGCAACAAAUUGUACCUUUAAUCAAAAUAAAAUAUAUGAAUUAUGGAAAAACUUAA